AAAGAACUAAACAACUAAUCACCAAUAUUUCACCAGCUUUCCCGCAUCUCCAAAGCUUUUCAAAAGGGUGCUUGUUUAUAAAGCUUUUCCACAGCUUUCCCAUUUCUAUUACCUACAUUCCUUGUAUUCCAGGAACAGUCUUGGAAGAGAUUUGAAUUUUUUUUUCGUCGGGUAUAAUGGAACAAACAAUAGCUUCAGGUCUACAAAUGAAGGUGGUGAAAUCCUCGGUUUCUAGGAAUAUAUCAUGGAAGAUGACCAAUUCGAGUGCUGCAGUUUUUGGUGCUAAUCCAAAAACAAAUUCAUACUCUAUGUUCCCAAGGGCUUCAUAUAUUUCAUCAGUAAAACCUUUGUCAUGUAACAAUACUUCUACGCCAUCUAAAUCCAAUGAAUUCAUCACAAGGGAAAUGUCUCAAUCUCCUGAGAGCAAACCUACUCUUCCUGGUUUGCCUAUUGAUUUGAGAGGGAAAAGAGCAUUUAUAGCUGGAAUAGCUGAUGAAAAUGGGUAUGGAUGGGCUAUAGCAAAAUCUCUGGCUGCUGCGGGUGCUGAAAUUUUAGUUGGUACAUGGGUGCCUGCAAUGAAUAUUUUCGAGACCAGUCUUCACCGUGGGAAGUUUGAUGCAUCUCGCAUUUUGCCAGAUGGGUCACUAAUUGAAAUUACUAAAGUUUAUCCAUUAGAUGCUGUUUUUGACAACCCUGAGGAUGUACCAGAAGAUAUUAAAGCAAAUAGGCGUUAUGCAGGAUACUCUAACUGGACCGUUCAGGAAGUAGCUGAGUGUGUAAAGAAGGAUUUCGGAACUAUUGACAUCCUUGUGCACUCCCUUGCCAAUGGACCAGAGGUCACUAAGCCUUUACUGGAGACAUCCAGAAAAGGAUAUCUUGCAGCUUUAUCUGCAUCUAGUUACUCCUAUGUUUCAUUACUGAAGCAUUUCGUUCCAAUAAUGAACCCAGGUGGUGCUACAAUUUCUCUCACACAUAAUGCCUCGGAAAGAAUCAUCCCUGGGUAUGGUGGGGGCAUGAGUUCAGCUAAAGCUGCUCUAGAGAGCGACACCAGGGUGCUUGCUUUUGAAGCUGGAAGGCGCUAUAAAGUCAGGAUCAACACUAUAUCUGCUGGUCCUCUGAGAAGCCGCGCUGCAAAAGCCAUUGGCUUCGUUGACACAAUGAUAGAAUACUCAAUAAAUAAUGCACCAUUGCAGAAAGAGCUGGCAGCAGAUGAAGUUGGCAAUGCUGCUGCAUUCUUGUUAUCACCGUUAUCUUCAGCUAUUACGGGUUCAGUUGUUUAUGUUGACAACGGUCUGAACGCAAUGGGGAUGGCAGUUGAUAGCCCAGUAUUUGGAGACAAUAACAUUCCAAAAGACAACUAGAUCAGCUAGAGGGAGAAGAUACUCUUUAUAAUAUAUAUGAUACCGAAUGGACUAGAAGUGAGGUAUUAUUUUAAUUAAUUUAUCAAAAAGGGUGUUGUACUUUUCAUAUAGACCCACGUUUACUAAUGUCCAAGAAAAUAUAUCCUUAACUUACCGUGUGUGUUUGAAGGGCGGAGAACAAAAUGUAUGGAAAUGUAUGGAAGAGCUAUUUUUUGGUUUUUUCUCAUGAAAUGAAGAAGUAAUUUACUUAUA